AUGUCAAAUUCGCAAUGUCUCUAUAGAAAUCUUUUGUGCGCAUUUUUUAACCCAAAAAAUGUCACAGAUGAUUUAUGCUUGUGUUUUUUCAGGAAUACUAGGCUCUUUUCCACACAUACAAAGAAUAGUAAAGAUGUAGAAGGUAAAACUGCUGGAGGUACCUUAAAUGUGGAAAAUGAGUGUCCCAUUAACUCUGGGAACAACGAGAACAAACUUGUUGAUGGGCAAAAGCCCACAAAAGUUAAAGAGAAUGAUUCAAUAAAAAUUGGCUCCAAAGUUGAUACUGAUAUUACAGAAGCGGCAAACAAAUCCGUUGUGUUGAGAAAACCAAUACCACGUAAUUUCAUAAAGGAGACAUUGCUCCCUCAUCUAGAACACAAUGUAGCAUAUAAUGCAGGCAAAUUUCCGCCAUCUGUCAUGUUGCAAAUAGGAAUAGCAUACUCAAAAUUACCAGCCUUUAUACGCCAACGUAGUAUUGAAGAUGCUCUAGUAGAAAGUUUUAGAUAUAGAAUGGUUGAUUUCGGUGUUUCUGACUGCAUACAAUUAUUAAACACGUGUUUGCAGUUGCAAGGAUUGCGAUCAGUUGCUGUUUAUGAUGAAAUCAUAUCCAGAUUGGAAACCCCUCACCUUUAUAAUUCUAUGACAUCGUUAAAUCGCUUGGGAGUUUGCAGAGCUCUAUCGCGUAUUAUAGGAACUGCACAACCUAUUAAUGAAAAGGGGGAAUCUUUUAAGCAACUUACAUGUAGUUGGGGAAUAAAUGAUUACAAAACAUCAAUACUUCGUCCAUGGAGCUACAUAGUGCGAAAUAUUCGUGACAAACGAAUAGGUAGGUUAGUCGACAGAUUAGUCACGUUUGGAGGAGAACGUAUAUUGCCACAACUAGAGGAAGAUUUAAGUAAAUAUGGCACUUCAGAACUUACACAUUUAUUGUCUGUAUUAGCUCAGCGGACAGAGCGUGACAAUACAAUUUUGGAUUUUCCAAUUGUGGCCAUCCUAAUGCAUCAUAUAAUACGCAUGUAUGACAAAACACCACUGCUAUAUUCUCUCUCUAAUUUAUGCAGUUUGUGUCGUCUAAAAAUUAGACAUGAUAAAUUCAUUGAGCUUGUAUCAAAUGAUCUCAAAGACCCCCUUAAAACGGCAAAUAUAUAUCAUAAGCAUUUAAGCAGAACUAUAUGGGUUCUGGCAAGAUUUGAUCUCCUCGAUAAACUUUUGGAUGACCUAAUGCCUCAUGUUAUUAGGAACAUUCCAAUUUUUGAUGCAGCUGGAUUUAGUAGAUUGGCACAAACUGUAAAGUACUAUAAAGAUUCUGAUUACCCAUCAAUACAAAGUCUAAAAACUUCCUCAAUCAAGAUCUCCCUCUGUCUAUUACCCAAAGCAAAGACAUUGACAACAAAGGAUUCUAUAUUCUUUUUAACUGGGGCUUUGUAUUUGGAACUUUUGCCACUAAAAUCGCAAUGUGAAACCUUCGAAUCUAGUUCAAUACCAGUACCAAAUGAUAGCAUACAAGUAACAUGGGAAUCUAACGAAAAAUGGCUACCUAAAGCCAAUCAAUCUUCUACUCGUUCAAACUUCCUGAAAACUAUUCUUGAUACAUUUGAACGCUUGGAUUCAGAUUAUGAUCUUGUGGAAAUACAGAGAAUUAUAGACACCAUAUCCUCCUUCGAAAACUACAAAUAUAUACUCGAGCUCCUACCAGAAUCAUGGAAAAGGAUUGUCGAAGAGUACAAGAAUGAAGACCAUCAAUAA